GAUUGUUAUUGUACAACCGAAGGGGGGAGGAUUUCUCAUGUAAAAAAGUAAAUCAAAACAUAGAAUAAAAUGUGUUCACAUGAGACUUCGUUUAUAGGAAAAUAAACAUUUUUUAAAAAUUCGUUAAGUAAGCAUACAUUUAUAUAGCAAUAACCCACUUCUUUAUUUCUGCUCAAUCUGAUGAGUCACCACUAUUACUAUUUAUCGUUAUAAACGACGUCAAUCAAGACUUGGUAUCAUUCUAAAUACAUACCAUCAUAAAUAAUUUAUUUAUAUUAAUUAUUUAUAAAAUAAUGAAAAUAUUGCCCUUGAUAUAUAUAGAAUUGAAUCUGUAGACUACUUGUAUAGUGAAUUACAAUUACAUGAAUUGAUAAUAAUUGAUGUGUUUAAAUUCUUCAUUUCUUCCAAUGCUUGUGUGAUACAUAUUUAUUAGUUAAUGACGAUUUCGGUUAUUUUUAAAAUGAGCUAUUUUUAUGACGAUAUAUAUAAAAAUAAAGAAUAAAACGGUAAUACUAUGCUUAUUUAAUUCACUGAGCAACAAUCUGGCUGCAACAUCAUGGAUGAUAUUUCCAGCACUUUCGCAACGACCGGAAGAAGAAAUUAGAGUGCGAAACGAAGACUUACAAGGAAAAGGAUGGAUUCGAGCAAGAGAGGAAUCGUUGGUCGUGAUAUUCGCGAAACCGUAGUAGCGAACAAGGGCUCAUCGUCGUCGAAACGUUCAGAGCGGUUCACCGAUCUCGUUUGAAGGGAAAAACGUAGGACGCCGCACAUAGAUGGAUACCAAUUGGAUCGUUGCAUUGACGAUCGCCUGGCUAAUUGGCUGGUGUCCAGUGAAUGGAAAAGUGAACUGUCGCGAAGUACAACUUGCCCGCGAUUGUGAAGCUCUUUGCAAAAAGAAUCAAGACGGUGUGAGUUCCUGCGAAUUAAGAGUAGCGGUUCUUCUGCCGGCGGAUCCUAGGUUUGAUAUCGCGUUGCCGAAAGUCCUUCCGGUUCUCGAUUUGGCUGUCUACGAAGCCAGAUCGCGAGGACUUCUACCCUACUGGUUGAAAUUAAAGUUUCUUCCGCAGGAUGAUCACUGCGAUGCGAUGUACGCUCAAAGUGGCGCGAUCGAUAGCUUCUUGAAUUGCGUUCAUCUGUUUCUCGGGCCUGCCUGCGAUUAUUGCGUGGCGUCUGUUGGCAGAGUGGUGAAAUUCUUCGGCUCGCCUUUAAUUACCACCGGUGGAUUCACCUAUGAUUUUACGGAAAAGAAGACCGAAUGCAAGGACGAAUACUUUAUGACAACACGAAUCGGAAAUGUGGCCUUCAGGGAUCUCGCCAACUUUUUCGUAGCUUUAAUGAAUCGAUACGAAUGGCACAAGGUGCAUCUGGUGUACGCGACCAGCGGACAGAGUCAGCUUACUGGCAAACACACGUGUCAGUUAAUGAUGAAGUCCAUGGUAGAGUUUAUCAAGAAACAGCCAAACUUUACGUUCGGCACGUUCGAUGUCGAAACUACCGUUCCCGAAUAUUACGCAGAGGCGUUGCAAUCCCACGUGGGGAAGUCGUACAGUGAUGCCUUCCUUGGUCCUGUUUGCGACUACGCGAUCGCACCAGUAGCGCGAUACGCGGGCGUAUGGCGUAUUCCUGUCUUAACGGCGGGUGCUCAGGCCGAGGCAUUCCGUCACAAGGGCGAACACUAUCCAACGUUGACCAGAAUGAUGGGUUCCCAUCGACUGGUAGGCGAGGCGCUCAAACAUAUCUUGAAGCGAUUCGAAUGGAAGAUCGUCGGACUUCUUUAUCACAAUCACGAGAUGGCGAGCAGCCGCGGCAAUUCCGAGUGUCACUUCACUCUGGGUGCCAUUUUCACGGCCCUCAAUCAGACACCGGUUCACAAAAACUUCAACCAGGAGUCGAGUACCGUCGAAGAUUAUCGAAACUUGCUCACCUUCCUCGCAAAGUCUGUCAGGAUUGUAGUAAUGUGUGCCAAUUCGACAACCAUCAGGGAAAUUCUUUUAGCUGCCGAGCAACUCGGAAUGGUCGAUUCCGGAGAAUACGUGUUCUUCUCCAUAGAACUUUCAUCCAGCGACAACAACUCGAGGGAACCAUGGAGGGUAGAAACCGACACGGAAGAAAGGAACGAGAAGGCCCGGAAGGCUUAUCAGUCGCUACUAACAGUCACCGCCCGAACUCCUGAUAACGCUGAAUAUUUAAACUUUUCGAGGGAAGUGAAAAGUCUCGCGCAAACCAAGUACAACUUCACAUUUGGAAAUAAUUCUGUCUCGACGUUCGUAACGGCAUUCUACGAUGCAGUGCUUCUUUACGCCCUUGCACUUAAGGAGAGCUUGCCGGAAUAUCCAGACGGAGUGAAUUUGGAUGGCGGUAAUCUUACCCGAAGAAUGUGGGGUAGAAGCUUCAGAGGUAUAACCGGGGAUGUGAAUAUCGACGAGAACGGCGAUCGAAUAGCGGACUAUUCUCUUCUCAACAUGAACCCGGAAACGUCCAAAUUCGAGAUUGUGGCUAAUUACUACGGUGCCAAUAAGACGUUGCAAUACAUAGCCGGGAAGAGGAUUCACUGGUCAGGUGGCCGAUCGGAACCACCACCGGAUACACCUACUUGCGGCUUCGAUGGUUCCCUGUGUCCCGACAACUCUCUACCAGGACACGCUAUUCUCUCGAUAGUGUUGAGCUCUAUCGUCGUCGUUCUCGCCGUUGCUUCGGCCUUCAUUUACAGGCAUUUUAAGCUUGAAGCGGAAAUAGCCUCCAUGACGUGGAAGGUGCAGUGGCACGACAUUAUCUUCGUACCGAAUGCAAAAACGCGAGGAUCCAUGUACUCGUUGAUUGCGAACAAGAUGCGCGGUAGUCAACUGACUAUAUACUCGGACGAAAACGUCAGUUUACCAGGUGGAGUAGAUAGAAACGUCUAUGUCCCAACGGGAAUUUACAAGAACUCUAAGGUGGCCAUAAAAUUGAUACCGAGGAGUAAGGUGGAAAUCUCGCGGCCUUUAUUGCUCGAAUUGAAAAGGAUGAAGGACCUGCAGCACGAUCAUCUAGUACGGUUUUAUGGCGCUUGUGUCGAUCCUCCGCAUUGUUGUCUUUUGACUGAAUAUUGUCCAAAAGGAUCGCUUCAGGACAUAUUGGAAAACGAGCAGAUCAAACUGGACCGCGUAUUUCGAGGAUCUCUCAUCCACGAUAUCGUUCGAGGAAUGGCGUAUCUUCACGCGUCCGAGCUGAAGAGUCACGGCAACCUCAAGUCCUCCAACUGCGUGGUCGAUUCGCGGUUCGUCCUUAAAAUUGCAGACUUUGGACUGCACGAGCUGAGAAGGGCGAAUUGCAACGAAGAAGUUGACAAGGAUAGUUACGCUUAUUGGAGAGGGCAGCUGUGGACGGCUCCGGAAUUAUUGCGAAUAGAAAGGCGACCACCGGAGGGUACUCAGAAGGGCGACGUGUACAGCUUCGCCAUAAUCGUUCACGAGAUCGUGGUACGCCGAGGACCGUUUUACUUGGGCGACGACCGUGAUAUCUCCCCAAAGGAAAUCGUGGAAGGAGUGAAGAGAGCCGGAGGUUCUCCUUUGAGGCCUGCGAUCGACGAGUCUGCCGUCGAGGAAGAAGUGACUACUCUGAUGAGGCGAUGUUGGGCGCAAGAUGCCGCGGAUAGACCAGAUUUUCCCGCGCUCAAACAAACUAUACGGAAAAUUAACAAAGACUACGAGAGCAGCAACAUCCUCGACAACUUGCUCUCUCGUAUGGAACAAUACGCAACUAAUUUGGAGACUUUGGUAGAGGAACGUACCGCGGACUACUUCGAGGAAAAACGUAAAUGCGAGGAACUCCUGUAUCAGUUGUUACCAAAAUCUGUCGCGUCCCAGUUGAUACUCGGCCAAAGCGUAAUAGCCGAAACAUACGACCAAGUGACUAUCUACUUUAGCGAUAUCGUAGGAUUUACGAAGCUCUCCGCGGAGAGUACGCCUCUUCAAGUGGUGGAUUUACUCAACGAUCUAUAUACGUGUUUCGACUCCAUCAUCGAGAACUUUGACGUUUACAAGGUGGAGACAAUUGGCGACGCUUAUAUGGUAGUGUCAGGAUUACCGGUGAGGAAUGGAACGAAUCAUGCCAGAGAAAUUGCGAGGAUGAGUUUAGCCUUAAGAGAUACCGUAAUGACGUUUAGUAUACGUCACAGACCGAACGAGCAAUUGAAACUUCGAAUUGGAAUGCAUACUGGACCUUGCGUGGCUGGUGUAGUUGGCUUGAAGAUGCCUAGGUAUUGCCUAUUCGGCGACACUGUCAAUACUGCAUCUAGGAUGGAAAGUAAUGGGGAAGCUCUAAUGAUCCACGUUAGUCCAAAAACGAAGGAAAUCCUGGAUACUUUUGAGACUUUCGAGCUCGUUUGUAGAGGCGAGGUUACUCUGAAGGGUAAAGGCACGAUGACCACGUACUGGUUGAUCGGCGAAAAACCAGUGAACAAUAUUCAACAGCCAAGCGUUUCCUUAUCUUCGUCGGCAACAACAAUGACAGCCAUGACAACGAUCGCGACGUCAAGUACUCCGAUCUCAACAACGAUCGACCCUCCGCACGAAGAUAUUACAAGCUUGUCGUCGCGUCGACCUGAUCCAGUAGUACAACCAAAGAUACAAGACAUUCGAUCCUUGCAAUCCUCGCAACAGAAUUGCCAGGAUCAAAAUCGUCGUACAGUUCAGAAAGGUCUCCAAGAGCAACAACGAUCGCAAUCGAACCAGCAGAAAAGUCAACAACAAAUUCCUCAUCGACAGCAAAUUCCAAAUCAACGCGAGGCUUCGACGCAAAAUCGUAAGGGAGGCAGCAACGAGGGAAAUGGUGGCGACAGUGGUCGCAGUGGUAGCGACGAAGGUGGUGGUGGUGGUGCCAGUGGAGAGUGGAACAACAAUAAUAGUGGUGGAAACAACAGUGGAGGCGCGUUUGCGACGGGAAACGGCGUGGCGAGCCGCGGCCGUACGAUAGGUAGCGGUUCGUUCGUGGAUGGUUCGCCGUCUCGGAAUCGUUCAUCCGUGAGUUCGACAUCGAGCAACGUCGUGUCUCAAGGGCGACGUUCUUAUCAAGCCGGCGAGAGCGUGCCAAAUCACACGGAAAGCGGCCCAAACGCACCGCUCCUCGUACCCACGACACCCCCCUCGCGAGUUUAGUUCCGUUCCCCUCGAUUCUUGUACCACACUUUGCGAUCUCUUGUCGAGAAGUCGACUUCAUCGUAAUACGUGUAUCAUCGUUUCGUGUAGACUAGCAGCUAAGCAUCCUCCGACGAUCGGCGAUUCCGAUCGAAAUUUGGGUCCAUACGUUCGAAAGAAUAUCUUUCGAAGUAAAAAUGAACAUUACGGGAACACGAUCGUUAUUUAUUAUAUGGAGGGACGGAGAGAGUUGCGCGGAGGGAUGUAACGUAGGUGGAAGCGAUAUAGUAGUAGUAGUGAGGUCGUAAAGCGAAACGUUAAGUAGGGGGUCACUAAUUGAUCUAGCCGCAGCCGAGGUCGUAUAACUUGAUUGUACAAUUGAAAUCAAUUUCUAUUAUCGUUAGCAGUUCACUUAGAGCUUUUAGAAUAGAAGUUAGGAACGAGUUACAGUAGAACCUCGUUUAUCCGUAUUUCGUUUAUAGCUGCGAGUUAAUGUUCUACUAGAGAUAUACGAAGUUAUAACUGAACUAUUAUUCGAACUAUGGCAGAGUGUAAGUUUAGUUAUAUAUGCGUGUAUUCCUACAGUGAACACAAUUAUGCAAUCAUUUGUUUGUAUUCGCAAUAAAUUUUACGUGUCAGAGAAAGAACGCGAUUCGGAAACAACUCAAUUCUGAACAUUAGGGUCGUUUAAAAGGAAAUUAUAAGUCAUGCGAUCAGGUUAUUUAUAACAUUAACAAAUUCUACGAGAGAGGUCCCUAAGCUAUAACAUGUAACUUGUCAAUUUACAAAUAUUAUUAGUUGUUAAACUAUCGUCGAAUAGUUUCUAUUAUAAUUAUCCAACUAAUAGCAAGGACUGAAGGGAACGACCAGUAAACUUCUAUUACCGGAUCUAUUCGAUUAUUUAAACUAUUUCAGCUUCAGAUCCAUUUCAAUAAAUUGGGUUCUACUGUAUAAGCAUUCUCCUUUUCAAGGAGACAAAUUAUUAUUGAAAUAUACUACGAAGGAAGAACUGAUUUUGAGUGGACAUUCUACGGCCUAAAUAAGGCACUAAUAAGUACAUGCUUAUGUCAACGAAACUUGAAAAUUGUAUCUACUGACCGACUUUGCUAUAUCGCUUCCUUUUACUAUACAUAUAUACACAACAUACUAUGUAUACUCUGUCCUCCCGAUGGAAAAGCGAGAACCAUCCAGUUCCUCGCGUGUGAAAGUUCCUCUCCCUCCCUCUUUUCCUGCCAUCACUUUCCCCUUCUUUCCACCCUUCUCCUCCUUUCAAUCCUACUCUUUCACCCUCUUCCCAUUCUCUUUCUCUCUCUCUCUCUCUCUCUCCCUCCCUUCCUCCCUCCCUAUCACUCUUUCUCUUUUCCAGAUAUCCGUUUCGUAUUUCGACGGAUAACGUCAACACAUUUCAAGGACCAGCGCUUUCAAUAGAGAAACCAUUAAAGUCUAAAACGCGAGACACGUCGUAAAACGGAUUAUUUUUGCGCGUGCGCGGAAAUCGAUCGAAAAGCCAAAAGAGGACAGCAACGACAGAGGGGAGUGGUCGUGAAUUUUGAAUUGUAAAGAAAUUACGAAAAGAGUACAUACGAAUAUAACUUUGAAUAUUAGAAAAAUCGAUCGAAUACUUUGUCUUCCGCGUUCCCUUCAGCGUAGCAUGUAUCCUAUCGCUAUUGAUUUUUGUCGAUUCGAUCGAAACACGUCCCGUUAGAAUGUAGUAGGCACCCUCGGAUCGAACAUUUCGGAGAAGACGAGCGAUCAGAGUGGAAAAUAAUGGAGGAAGAAUGUUAAAGUAUAGACAUAAUGUUAUACGUUUGCAAAAAUGGAAAUUUUACGCGCACAUGUUUCUAUGUUUGAUGAAAACAAGCGUAUAUUUAAUAUACGUAUACGGUAUGCCCGAUUUGAAAGAGGUCACCUAUUUGUCUUCUGGUUUCUUAAAAAACUCCGUGCGCGUCUACGGAGUUUGACAAACUCCGCGAAAAUAAAUUCGCAAUACCAUAUAGAGAGCAUUCGUCCUUUGAUACCAACUUAAAUUAUAUUCGUGUACACUACUGGCCAUAAGUAUCAAAGUACAUAUUCGUUACGUUUCUUGGAAAAUUCCAACGAAUAGAUUGCGGAUUUUUAUAUAUCUAUGGGGAUUUAAAGGCGUAUAAUAUGCACAGAGUGCAAAGAUAUAUAACAUAUACGUGGUAUGUACUCAUUAUAGCAUUUAGUGAUUGAAGUAAAUCUCUGCUUAGAUUCCAUUUAAUUGGCUUCAUAGAAAUGCGAAUGUGCAUACAAAAUUACCAAUAAAUUUUAAUCCAUGUACUAUUUUAUAUUAUAAUGCACGUAUAACACGAAUGAAUGACUAAACACAGUUUGUACUAAAUAUCAAUGGAAUGUUUUAAUAUUUAUGACUGGUAGCGUAAUAUACUCUUUGUAUGCUCUAAGAUGCCAAAGAUAAUUAGGUGACCUGUUUUAGGCGUGACACUCUAUGUAUAAUGAUUCUCACACAUAAAUCUACAUAUAUAGGGUAUCUCAACGCUUCAUAGCUAAGCUUUGUGUAACAUUUUCUAUUGGAUUGUAUCCAUAGAAUACACCGACAAAGUUUGGUUGUUAAACUCUGGGACACACUGUAUACGUACACAUGAGCGCGCAUUCACGCAUACACAUAUAUAAAUUUAUGAAGAGUUGAAGUUAUAAGUAUAUCGGUGUAUAUAAAGGAAAAGAGAGGCUGGACCUCAUCGGAAAGUCAGUUAUCAAAUAAUGGAGAUUCAAUCGUGGAAUCUUCCAACGCUUACUCGUCAUGCGAAAAUCGGUCGCAUAGCGUCGUACACGCGCGUGGCUGCUUAUAUGCGCGUCCACGCCAUAAAAGAAAGUACAUACAUAUAAAACUUGCGGUCUUGGCGCGACAAGCGCCACACACGUCCUAAGAAUCGAAUUUCUCUCUAUUCGUGUCAAUCUCUUUUUGAACGAUGUAACAAUCGAUAUUCGGAAAAUAAAAUUUCUUCGUUUCCACGCACGA